AUGUGCGAAUACACAAGGAACUACUAUAUCUACACUUCAUGUGUUGACCCUGGAGCUCACUACUUCUCUACCUCCAUCGAUGGCAGCAAAGACCGACAAUGCGCUAAGGGUCCUCAUGAACGAUAUAUUGUCGUUCCCGGACAUUGUCCCUUUAACAUGUUAAAUGUUAAAUGUUAA